AUGUUGGUUUUGCCAGCUCCUGUUGGAGCACAAACAUGCAAGUAUCAUAUCAGCACUUUCACUGCAAUGUGUAAUAAACAGUACGGAAUAUGCGGCUCUGAAUACGGUUCAGAGACUUAUAUCCACGAAAAGCAGCCUGAGCGAAUUCAUGUGACUUCGUUAUCUCAAUAUGACAGCAUAAGACAGUAA